AUGGACUCCUCCAUAGAACACAAAACCAUUUAUGUCAAUGGCAUCAACAUGCAUGUAGCAAUCAAAGGCCCAGAGAAUGCCCCAGUUAUUCUCUUCAUCCACGGAUUCCCUGAACUAUGGUACUCCUGGAGACACCAGAUUAAGGCUCUAUCCUCACUUGGCUACAGAGCUGUGGCACCGGACUUGAGAGGGUAUGGUGACACAGAUGCGCCAGCUGAGGUUACAAGCUAUACCUGUCUCCAUGUGGUUGGUGAUUUGAUUGGGUUGCUUGAUGUUGUGGCUCCGAAUCAAGAUAAGGUUUUCGUUGUGGGGCAUGAUUGGGGUGCUUUGAUUGCUUGGUACUUGUGUUUGUUUAGACCAGAUAGAGUUAAAGCUUUGGUUAACAUGAGUGUUUUGUUUAAUCCAAGGAGUCCUAGUAGGAAAGUUAUUCCGACUUUAAAGGCUGUUUAUGGUGAUGAUUAUUACAUGUGCAGAUUCCAGGAGCCUGGAGAGAUAGAAGCUCAGUUUGCAGAGAUAGGUACAGAGAGAAUUCUCAAGGAAUUCUUAACCUACCGUACUCCGGCUCCUCUUUUUUUACCCAAAGGUAAAGGGUUUAAUGGAAAGCCUCUGGACACUCCAAUUGUAUUGCCCUCUUGGUUGUCUGAAGAAGGUGUUAAGUACUAUACCAGCAAAUUUGAGCAGAAAGGCUUUACUGGAGGAUUGAACUAUUACCGAAAUCUUGACCGGAACUGGGAACUUUCCGCACCUUGGACUGGAGCUCAAAUAAAAGUUCCUGUUAAGUUUAUCGUGGGUGAUCAGGACCUCAGCUAUAAUUCUCUUGGUGCCAAGGAUUAUAUAGCCAAGGGCGGGUUCAAAAGAGAUGUUCCAUUUUUACAGGACCUAGUUGUAAUGGAAGGUGUGGGUCAUUUCAUCAAUGAAGAGAAGCCCGAUGAGAUCAAUAAGCACAUUUAUGACUUCUUUCAGAAGUUCUAG